GAGGAAAAUGGAGGAAGGCAGAGACCACAAGGAAAAGGUUCAAAAGCUCUCUAGGAAGCUCUAUCUUGGCAAUGACUAUGAGGGGAGCUCCUCCUAUAGGAAAUCUCAAAACCUCAAAAAUAUCAAGACCAAAUAAGACCUAUGCGACUUUGGAGGAUCAUAAAAUAAUUCAAAAAUUUUAUCCGCAAAGCACCUCGAAUAAGGAGAAUAAGCCAAUUGAUCUUGGAGGUGCCUUGGCAAUGAAGCCUAGUACAAAAAACUCUAAAAACAAUCACCCUAAGAACAGAUAUAGCUUGAAGAGUUAUAAUCACCAGACGAAUUACACUCAGAGCGGGCUAAGGACUACUUCAAACAAGAAUAACAAAAAUUUUGCUAUAAAAUAUCCGCUGGUAAAGAAGGACCAGAUCUUGAACCACCAGAAGAAGCCAUCAGAAUACCCAGGCAAGGGGAAGUCCCUCCUUAGUCAUGAGAUGAAGGCUAGAAAGGGGAAUAAAUCUACUACGAGUCUUCCAACCAAGAUGAUCUCCACACAAAAGUCGAAGCAAAAGUUAUCCAGAGAGAAGAUAAGGUUCCGUCCUGAAGCAAGAGUUAGCAGUAACUUUCAUCAGUCAAGACCUUAUAUCGGCAAAAUGAUUCCGCCUAAGACACAGAGGGAAAUGGAGUCAUUUAACUCUUCAGCCCAGAUGACGAAUAUUGAGGAAUACUCUUGUGACAUCUCUUCUAUGACUAAGUCUAAUAUCCUAAGUAAGAAGCAUAUUCAGAGGAAGAAUCGCCCAGAUUUUGAGCUGAGAGAAUCCAAAACCCCUCGUGAUAACAUUCCCAAGCUGAAUGCAUGGGAAGCUGUCAAGGAAAAAGUGGUUGAAAACUUCAAGAAAAAUACACAGAAUGAAGAGGAGAAUGCUAGUCUUCAUUUUGAUAAAGAGAAGUAUAUGAAAAAGAAUUGUAUCAAUCACAAGACUAAAUUACAGCUUGAUCAGAUCCAAAUGCAUGAGAAGCUAACUGAGUCUGGAAAAUCCCAAUCGAGAGGUUGGAUCAGCCAAAGAUCUACCAGGAACAAGGAUGAGAAGAAUAAACUCAGUGUGAAGCAAUACACUAAGAAUAAGAGUAAUAAGUCUCUUAAACUUUCCCAGAAAUAUUUAAAGCCGAGCUCUUCUUACAAAUCUAUUGUGAAGGACAAGCCUCAGACUACUAAAAAUUCAACUUCGAAGAGGAACAAGAGCUAUGACUUCAAGAAGCCUCAGUCCCGAAAGAAGUCAAAGGAAUAUAGAAGGAUAAAGGACUAUAUCCAGGCUAAAAGUUAUCAGAAAUUAGGCAGCCAGACUACAAGAGAAAGAGAAGGAAAAUCCAAGGAUCUCAAGAUCGAAAUUGAGGAAAACAACACUGAUGAUAAUGUUGGCAUGAUUAAGUUACCGAAAGAUCUUGGCCCUCAUCGCUCGGUGUCAGUACAAAACCGGACUACCACAAUUACAACUUUUACAACUCUAACUUCGGAGGAGGAUGACCAUAAGCUUGAUUUCGCACCUACAAAAGUGGAGGAGCACAUCCCGUUGAAAUCAGGAAAAGAUAUUAUAGUGCCGAAUUUCGAUACGACCAAAACCUCUGUCAAGCGUAAUGGAGUUGUCUGAGGGUAUGCUGCCAACACUCAUCAAGGGAUUGUUAGGACUUACAACGAAGAUAGAGUCAGCAUCAUCCUGAACAUCAUUAAACCUCCAAGCAGAAAGAACGAGGUAUGGCCAAAAUGAUCUUUCUUUGGUAUCUAUGAUGGACAUGGUGGCUCCAAAUGAGCAGAAUUUCUUCGAGAUUACCUUCAUCAAUUCGUUAUCAGGGAUCCAAAUUUCCCCACAAACCCAAAGGAAGCAAUCAGGAAUGGCUUCAGGCACGCUGAGAAUAAGUUCCUAGAGAUCUGACAAGAUGGCAAGGAAAUCAUUGAUAAAUCCGGGUCUUGAGCCAUAGUUGUUCUUGUAGUCGGAUCAAAAUGAUACGUUGCUAAUGUAGGAGACUCCAGAGCCUUAUUAAGCUACAAUAAUGGUUGGAAAUUCAGCAACAUGGAAGACCCAUCUUCAAUCGAUAAUCAGAUUGAGUUUGAAGAACUUAGUAGAGAUCAUAAACCGUCAGAAGAAUCUGAAAAGAAGAGAAUAAUCACUAAUGGCGGGCAGAUCUAUCAUCGCACAGCCAUUACAGUCAAUAAUAAUCCUAAGAAGCCAGAAGUGGUUGUUGGACCUCAGAGAGUUCUUCCAGGAAGGCUCUCUGUAUGCAGAACUUUUGGAGAUCCAGAGGCUAAACUUCCUCAAUUUGGAGGGAAUCCAAAUGUAAUCAUUCCAAAACCUGAAAUAAGAUCUUUUGAAAUUAACUCAAACCAUGACUUUAUAGUUUUGGGAUGAGAUGGCAUUUUUGAUAAACUUAGCAACCAUGACACUAUUCUCUGAGUCUGGAACAGUGUCAAAGACUCUUUGCUCAGAAAUCAGGUUCACAAACAAUGAGCUUUGGGUGUAGAAUACGUCAUCAAAAACUCCUUGCUUAAAAAGACACUUGAUAAUGUCACUGUGGUAAUGAUAGCACUCGAAGGAUUUGAAAGGUACAUCAAUAGCUCAGAUGAAAACAUUGAUUAUAGGCCUACUGCGCACUCUGUCUCUCCCAAAAGGAACAAUGAGAGGAUUAUUAGCCAUGCUAGUACAUUUAGUCAGACAGGAGAUAGCCUUCCGCCCUCCCAAAGAGCAACACCUAAACGGUCUUAUGGAAUAGUACAUGAUCCGAGAGAAUAUUGUUCCUAG